AUGUCCAACAAGGAAAUGGAGGCCAGCAUCUCACUAUUGUACAUGACGCAGUCAAUGGAUAUCCCGACGGCUGCGAAUGGGCUUGAAAAGAAGUUUGGGAAUCACGAUGUGCUUCUUGAUUCGUUGGUAGAAGUGGUGGCCAAAGAGGCAUCCGGUGAGCUGACACUUCUUCCCAAUGUGCCGCAGAAAAAAAAUCGACAACGUAGUGCGCGUCUUUCCGCAUUAUCGCGUGAGCUCACUCUGGAAAAAUUACGUCCACACUUUGGCCGGCCAAUCGUCGAUGUAGCGCGCGCAUUUGGCAUCUGCACGACGUUUCUUAAGAAAAUUUGCCGUCGUUGCGGGAUCAAGAGAUGGCCACAUCGACAGAUUAGGUCUCUUAAUCGUACAAUUGAAAUGCUUGAGCACGUCCAGUCGUUGGCAAAUGAUCCUCUAGAUAAGACGCGGUACGCGAAGCAGAUCAUUGAAUUGAAGGAAAAACAGCGCGCCGUUCUGCAGAACCCGGACGCCAACAGUAAGUUGAAGCGAAUUAAAAGGUUUUCGACUUUAAAGGGUGCUACCGAUGUAUUUUCAAUGGGUGGUGGUGGUCAGCUACCAGAUUGUGCAAAGACGACAAAUUGCCCAAAUGCAACGAGUUCUUCAGUGCUGGCUGUUGCGGUUGACACUGUGUCGAGUGGUGUAUCUGCUCAGAUCAUCUCACCUAAACAGAAAAGGGUUUUGCUGAAUUCGUAUGCAUUGGAUAUGAAGGUUCCUGCAACCACACUAUCCUUGUUGACGACGCCGUUGCAUGGUGCCGAAUCAUUUCAAUUGCCGUCGGCGCUAAAAAUCUCGCCGAGUAAUCAUAAGCUACUGCAGGCAAAAUGCAAUGCGAGUGAUCGACCUUUUAUAUUCAUGGACUCGUUUAACGACACUUUGAAGAUGGGACUAGGAAUUGAAACAGCGAGCACAGCGUCAUUGAACGCUGAGCCCUCCGAACGCCCAGAGCAUUUGUUCGAGUGUAAUAUAUGCUUAGACACUGUAUCCAGUCCUGUGGUGACACUAUGUGGUCAUCUUUAUUGUUGGCCAUGUCUGUACCAGUGGAUGCAAAGUCACUCUGAAUGCCCCGUGUGUAAGGCUGGAGUGAGUGAGCAAAACGUGAUUCCGGUGUAUGCUAGAGGAGCUGAGACAGCCGACCCACGAACUAACCAGCAAGUAUCUGAUAGCGGCGUUCCCCACCGUCCACGGGGGCAGCGUCCAGACGUUGAACAGCUCCGGCGGCGACAUCCGUUUAAUAUCGGCAUUUUUAAUGAUAUCGGACAAGGAUCUUCGCUGUCAUUUUUAACCUUCGGAUUCGUUCCAGCUUUUCUCGGCGUACCUUACCAACCUCCUGCUUCAGUCAUGAACCAUAAUGAUGGAACACCUCUGACAGCUCAAGAGGCGCGUCAACAGAUGCAGCAAGCUUUUCUGUCUCGCUUUCUUUUGAUUAUUGGUAGCCUAGUCAUUCUUUGCCUCAUUACGUUCUAG